ACCACCGUCCCGAGGAGGCAGCGAGUUCGACUCGUGUCGGGUUACGGGCUGCACACCGUUCGUUCACCUCGCGAUACGGGGUGUUUGCGCUCAAGCGACGAGGGCGCGCAAUUUUCUUUCGUCACCCCCUUUCAUUCACAUCGGUGACGAUCGGUUGUACUUUCCACGCUGCCUAUAGCCUCGCGUUAGCAUAUUCAUCCGAGACAUUUAAGACGUACGAUCAGCGAAACACGAAUCGACAGUUGCUGAGAGAAACAUAUCUAUAUUAUAGUGUAUGCGAUUUAUCGGAUAGGAGAGAAGAGAGUAGGAAACGAAUUAGGGGACUGCUCGCUCUGACACGGUGGAGGAUGAUCCGAGUGAAGAAGGAACUUGAAGACUCUAUCUGAGGGAAAACGAUAUAAACCCCCGAUGCCCCGGUGUUGAAACCUGUGAUUUAUACCCCACGAUUCUAAGUUUCACUCCUGACCCGCGGGAAGAAAGAAGAGAAGAAAGUGUGGCAUAGGUGUACGUGUAGGUGUGUGUGUGUAUGUGUAUAUUCUCCGGUAUGACCAGUCACGAGUGAGGCUCCGAUACCCGACAUCCAUUCUCGCGGAAUCACACGGACACGUGCGAUUCCGGAAAGAUGAUACGCGACUACCUGAUACUGCUCUCGUGGCUCUGCGCGGUGCAAGGAAAGAUAGGCUAUUUCUGGCAUAUCACCGAUCUCCAUUACGACCCAAAGUAUUCUACGCAAGGAAACGCCGCCAGCAUGUGCUGGAACACGAAGAACAGCCUCGACAGCGGGCGGAUAAGACUCGACAGAAAAUUGGCGGGCAAGUUCGGCGACUACAGCUGCGACUCGCCCUGGGCCCUCAUCGAAUCGGCGGCGCGGGCUAUGAGAUCGAUGCACGGCGAAGGGAUCGAGUUUGUCCUCUGGACAGGGGACGCGCUAACACGCUCCACUAGCAUGAGCGUCGACCUGCGUCUGCAGUGUCUGCGGAAUUUGACCGAUCUGUUGCACCGCACGUUCAAAGGACAAUUCGUGUUUCCCGCCCUCGGCCACGAAGACAUCGGCGUGAAUUACACGCAGCUGGCGAACCUCUGGCAGCACUGGUUACCGCCAGAAGCGGUGGAUACCUUCGUAAAGGCCGGCUACUACACGAUCGAGCAGCGCUCGAAAAAAUAUCGGAUCGUCUUCCUUAAUACGAAUUUGUGGCUGAACCCGGUCGACAGCCGUAUGCUGCAUCGUGUCGGAAGUAGCACGGUCGAUAACAUGCAGGAUCCCUUCGGCCAAUGGUCCUGGUUCCAGUCUGUGUUAGAGAAUGCGCGGAAGAAGAAGGAAACGGUGUACAUAGUCGGCCACACGCCUCCGGGAGUGGACGACCAUGAAAGCGGCGCCGCGGCUCUUAACGAGAGGCAUAACACCAAGUAUCUUCAGACGGUGCGACUUUAUUCGGACAUUAUCAGAGGACAGUUCUUCGGUCACUGGCAUUCGGAUACGUUCCGUGUAAUUUACAGCGACUUAGGUCUGCCCGUAUCCUGGAUAAUGAUGGCUCCCAGUGUAACUCCGAGCGCCGUUGGAGGACCCAACAACCCGGGUUUGCGAUUGUACAAGUUCGAAACUAAUACCGGACAGAUUCUGGAUUACACGCAGUACUAUCUUAAUCUGCCCGAGGCAAAUUCAAACGGCAAAGCGAACUGGAUGAUCGAGUACUCGCUGCUCGAAUAUUAUGAGCUGCAUGAGAUAUCGGCCAUCACUCUUCACGAUCUGGCUGACCGAUUUACGCAAUCCAAUGAUUACGCCUUCGUUAGGUAUUACGCGGCCAACACGGUCUCGCUACCGCGCGAGGUGGAGCAAAUCUGGGGCUGCGGCGGUCCUCUCAACGGAGUCUGUGCGCUGCAUCAUUACUGUACCGUGACCAGGCUCAAUCCCGAGUCCUACAGGGAUUGCUAUUCGUCCUACGCUUACGCCCUGGCGUCCACGGCACACUCCACCGUGCGUCCCUACUUCGCGUUGCAUCUGCUGUCAAUGCUGAUCUGCGCCGAGGUCCUGAACGACCGGUAGGAUGAGCGAGAGACGAGAGAAUCCCGGGGGCUACGCCCCGCGCGUCGGCUCUCCCACGACGGUCUCCGCGUCUACUCACCCCGGCAGAAUCCGGUCGGGAUACACCAUCGAUCGACCGGUCGGAUCGGUCUAGGAGGUGGCCUCGGCCACCCGAGUUAACGCGGCGAACGCGUCUCUCUAGCGAUACCGGCGCUAACGUCGCCCGAUGUGUCAUCUACUUUGUCUAUAUCUCUGUCGUGUCUCCGUCUUCUCCUUGUCGCGUCAUCGAGAUUGUUCAGGCGCGCUUUCGUUCCGUCGUGUUUUGGUGUUGCAUACGUACGUUCGUCGUGUCUGUUUGCCGCGACGAGCGAUUUUCAAGCGAGGUUGUCAAAUCCGAGAGGAUUCCGGAUAUAGAAGUACUCGGAUAUAUCUAGAAUGUUCAGAUGCGCGCCAUCGAUUCGGAGAUCGAAAUAUCCGUAUAAUUCGUGUAAUAUGAUUACUCAAAAUGAUUAUUCAAAAUGUAUAAUUCUCAUUUGAACGUAAAUCUGGAUAAAAUUCGUAUAUAUAUAUAUAUAUAUAUAUAUACCACAGAAAAAAUCGAACACGCGAAAAACGUCAGCACAACGCAUAGAACAAUAUUUUCUAAUUAAAGUUCUAUAAUAAAUGUUUUUAAUAACAGAAUAUGUUAAUAAUAGGUACUUUGAGGAAUUUGCAGCCAACAUUUUAUAAUUAUAAUAUAUUCGGGUAUGUAUAAAACGAUAGUUUUCGAAUUAUAUAAAGAUAAAUGAAAAAAAUCUGUCUUUUUCUUCUCAUUCUCUCUC